AUGAAGUUUUUAGUAUUAUUCUUAUUUAUUGUUUUUACUGUUGCAUUUAGUUUUGAUUUCUUCGAGAGAGAUCUUUGUUCUAGUGAAGAUUGUACAACUUCUGGUGAAACUAUAACUAGUGUUUGUGGAGAUGAUGGUAAUACAGAUUAUGCUUGUAUGUGUAACAAAAUGUCUGAUUCAUUUUAUGAUGAAAUUUUGAAUUGCACUCGUAGUUGUGGCUCUGCUGAUGAUUUCCAGGAUUGGAAUUCUGGAACUGACGUUAAAGAGUAUUAUUGCAAAUUGGCAAGUUCAGCAAGUGUCAGUGCUAGUGGUGGCAGUUCUACUUCUUCCAGUAGAUCAAGUUCUUCUACUACUACUUCAGGUAGCUCAAGUUCAUCCAGAGGAGAUGCCACCACUGAAUAUUAUGUCUCAUUUGUUGGUAUUAUUCUUGCAUGGUUUAUCUGA